AUGCACCCGCCGCCCGCGACAGCUGCUCGGUCCGGGGAGAGGCGUGCGCGCCGCCGCCCGGCUUCAGGGCAAGGUCCUGACCUUGCCCAACUGCAGCAUCUUCCGCUUUUGUGGUGCGAGCGCGGCCGCGGGACAAGGGAUGCUGGCGGGGAGCAGGGGCGAGCGCCGCGGGCGAGAGGCGGCUCCCGACGCGAGUGCGCGGCGCCCGGCCCGGCCGCCCCUCCGAGCGCGGCGAGCGCAGCGCCCCCUGCCCGGCUCUGCGGGCUCCUCGGGGCUCCUCCGGGCGCCGCCGCCGCCGCCGGCCGGGCUAGGAGAGCAGCCGCCGCGCCCGCCGCUCCGCUCGGCCGGCUGCCGCCGCGGGCGCGAGCCUGGGGCCGCCGCGGCGCCCGGAGCCGAGCGCUCCCGAGCUGCGCCCCGCGCGCGGCCCGCGCCACCUGUGCCGCCGCCGCCGCCGCCGCCGAGGCUCCUCCCGCGGCGCGCGGCAGCCUCAGCCUCCACCUAAGCCUCGGCGGCCGGCUCGGGAGCCCGGCGAGUGAGGAAGCGUCCGCCCCGCCGCCGAAACCUGCCCUGGGUGCCGAGCAUGCCCAGUGCCGCCGCGACAGCGCGGCGCUCGCCACGCGCACUCCACUUCUCCUGGUUUUCGCGGCAGCAGCAGCAGCAGCGGCUGCAGACAAAGGGCAGGGUGAGGGGGUCUAG